AUGUGUUUGAACAGAGGCCUCCGGAGUCUAUUAGCGACAUCACCGCCCAUCACGGAGCGGCUCUGCUCAGCUCCUGAGCGUGAUGGCGUCUGCACACCUGUGACCCACCCGCCCGGGCGUCGCUCUGUGACUCGCAGCGGCUCCCCGUUGCCCAAGCCUGCUCCACUCCAGGAGCAAAACCUCUUAUGGGGCCCUGGCCACCCUCCGCACCUGGGCAGUGAGCCGCCGGUGCCCCCGAGCCCCCGGGCCGUCCCUGGCGCUUCUGCCCACUGCGUGUGGGAAGGAUGGCGGGUGGCCAGCAAGGGGCUCAAGAGACCGGAGUCCACAGGGGCCGACGCGGUAGUAGCUGACCUUCCCCGCUGCCGGGGGCUGGCUGGGGCUGGCUCCAAAACCCCAGACAGUUUCCCGAGAGGUACUGCCUUUCAGAGCCGCUCCGGCCUGCCAGCUGGGCUUCAGACCUUCCAGGCCCUCGGUGCUGCCCGCUGCCCCACGGCGGGCGUGUCGGCUGGGCGUGCAGUGAGGCGCUGGGCGGUCAGCUGCGCUCUCCCGCACGCGGGCAAAGCCCACCGGCGCCUCCUCUCACGCUCUCGUCGCUGUGCCCGUCUCCGCCUGUUGAGAAGUGCCUGCCUCGGGCUGUGCCUCCUGGCUUCCCUCUUUCCUGUGGAUUCGCAGGCGUUCGCGUGCUGGCUGCUCUGCUUCUCAUCCCGCCGCAUGCCCCCUGGUGUGAUGUUGACGGUGAGGCCGCUGCAGUUUAGGGACCUCCAGCUCCUGGUCCGGUAA